AUGUCCAAACAAGCGAACUCCACAGCAAUCAACUCUUUCAAUUCGAAUCAUAAGGACUAUGACCAGUACAGGCCAUCAUUUGCGAAGUCUUUUGUGGACCCUUUUUUGGCAGAGUUAGGAUUGGCCACCAAAGUCCCUCAAUCAAACACGUACAAGAUGGAUACAAGCAAAGUCAUUCUUGAGUUAGCAGCAGGAACUGGUAAAUUUACAAGAAACUUGGUUGAUAAUGGAUGGGGUAAUGAAUCGGACAACUUGAUAAUCGUGGAGCCAAGUUCAGGAAUGUUAAAGUCAUUCAAGACCAAUUUCCCCAAAAUAAGGCCCACAAAUAUACACAAUGCAUCUUCGUACGAGCUCCCAUUGGCAGACAGCUCGGUGGAUUCAGUGCUUAUCGCUCAAGGGUUCCAUUGGUUUUCGGACCAAGAAAGUUUGAAAGAGAUAAACCGGGUAUUGAAGCCCAAUGGUACUUUAGGCUUGAUCUGGAAUUUUGACUACCCAAGCCCAAGCCAGAAUAGCAAGACUAAAAAUGUUACAUACAUCGAACAGCAGAGUGGACUUUUAGACAAGAGCAAGUUGGACCAGAACUUAAAUCCUGAGGAUGUAUUUCUUGAUUAUUUUAAUAAGGCUCCUUGGAGUAAUGAGAUUAGCAAGAAGAUCUACUCUUAUGACGUCGGUGUUCCACAGUAUCGUCAUGGAAAAUGGAGAGGAGCUUUGGAGCUGGACCGUGAAUAUUUCGAUCCAAUCUCAGGAGAGCUCUUUUACGCCUAUGAGUAUUUGAUCGAUAGAGAUAGUAUUUAUGAAUACUGGAAGACCAGAUCCUACAUUACUUCUUUGAGUGAGAAGGAAAAGAUUCAGGUCAAGGAAUUUAUUGAAGGGGUUGUGGACAAAGCUGAAGAGAUAUCGCCUAAAAAGGAAGGAAAGUUUGUCAGACCAAUGGCCACUCAUGCAGUAGUCGUUCCUGUUAAAAAAGCUUAA